CUCCAAGAUCUGAUGGCUCGCACCUUCAGGACAAAAGAAGUGGAUGCAGGAGUCGUGAUCUAUCAGAAUUCCUUAGAUUCUGGAGAGAUGCCAGAAGAUUGGAAAAUUGUAAAUAUAACAUCACUAUUCAAGAAAAUCAGGGGUUAUAAAAUGACUGAAAAACUGUCAUUGGCCAUCAAUAUCAAAGAACCACGAUGGGACCAGGGUACUUUUAUUGGGAGAGCAAAGCACUUCUUCACAGUUACUGAUCCCAGGAACAUUCUUCUAUCAAAUACCCAGUUGGAGAAUGCUAGAAAGACAAUACAUGAUUAUAGACAAGGUAUCGUAGCUUCUGGGCUUACAGAAGAUGAUCUUUGGAAAGCAAAGUAUAUCUACGAUUCUGCAUUUCAUCCAGAUACGGGAGAAAAGAUGAUUCUUAUUGGCCGAAUGUCAGCUCAAGUGCCAAUGAACAUGACAAUUACUGGAUGUAUGAUGACCUUCUAUAAGACUACUCCAGCAGUGGUAUUCUGGCAGUGGAUUAAUCAAUCCUUCAAUGCUAUUGUGAACUAUACGAACAGAAGUGGAGAUGCACCAAUAACUGUAAGCCAGCUUGGUACAGCCUAUGUCUCUGCUACAACAGGUGCAGUAGCAACAGCUCUUGGCCUUAAUUCACUAACUAAGCGUGUGACACCUCUAAUAGGACGCUUUGUUCCAUUUGCUGCAGUAGCUGCUGCCAACUGUAUAAAUAUUCCUUUGAUGAGACAGAGAGAAUUGAAACAUGGAAUACCAAUAACAGAUGAGAAUGGCAACCGACUAGGAGAAUCAACAAAAGCUGCUCAACAGGCUAUUGUACAAGUAAUCAUCUCUAGGAUUCUCAUGGCUGCUCCUGGCAUGGCUAUACCUCCAUUUAUAAUGAAUACACUGGAAAGGAAAGCCUUUUUAAAAAGAUUCCCAUGGAUGAGUGCACCAAUUCAAGUGGGUUUGGUAGGAAUCUGCUUGGUAUUUGCUACACCUCUUUGUUGUGCAUUGUUUCCACAAAAAAGCUCUAUGUCUGUGAGCCGUCUUGAGCACGAUAUUCAGGGUAAAGUUCGAGAGGCCAGUCCUGGAGUGGAAUAUGUUUACUUCAACAAAGGAUUAUAAAAGCACAAAAUAAUUGAAGAAAAACACCAAGCAAUCCAGUUUGUAGUGAGUUCAAUGUGACAGAACUUAAAAACUGUGUUUUUUUUGUCUUAACCCAUUUGUACUUUUACAUAGUUUUUUUCAGAAAGCUUAUUUAAUGAUCUAAGAAUACUAAUCUAAGCUAAUUAUAGUUGAUAUUAGUUUCAGAUAAGACAGUUUUAAAAAGGCAACGGUUUGUGCUGUCUGCAUUUAUGUAGUCUAUUUCUAAAAUAACUUAUACUAAUGUAAACCUCUGUCAGUCAACUGACACAGCACAAAACAUUACUACAUUGCUCAUUUACGACAUUCAUCCUGUUAAUGUUUGUACUGUGUUUAUGGUUAUAACAAGUGUUAACAUUUGCUAAUUAGAUUAGAACAGAAAAUAGAUCUUGUGACUGUCAAGUGUUAUGCAAAUAUAAUUGUAUUAGAAAGUUGGCAUAAACAUUUCACUUCAGAUUUAUGUUUCAGGGCUAUAUGUGAAAGGAUCAGAAGGUAAUUCUCCAUUAGCUAAAUUGUAUGCUCUACCAGGUGAAUAAAGUUUAAACUCCAGAUUGAGCAUAAAGGACUGAAUACUUGAAAUAAUACAGAACUUGAUAGCUAUGAUCAGAAGAUGAUAAUGGUUUUAAAAUUUAUAAUCUCAUUGGCACGUGCAAUAAAACUUCAAUGUUGCUGUAUAAGCACAUUCUUAAAAAUAAUUUACAUUCCUAGAUAUUUAAUGCCUUCAGGAUUUUUAAGAUUAAGUCAUGAUUAUGGUACAAUUUUAAUAGAAAAAGUAUAUUGUCUUUGCAAUCUUUCAAUCAAUGAAAGUGUAUUAUUUAGAUGAAACUGGAAAAUAAAACCCAAAUAAAGUGAAACUUCAA